AUUAUAAUACAAAAAAUUAAUAGUUAUUUAAAUUUGUGUCUUAUAGUUACGAUCUGAGGAGGUACCACACUUUUUUUAGCCGUCAAACUUUGAUAAUAAAUUUGUUAAUAAGGGAAAUAUGUAUACGCAUAUCACAUUCGUAUUAAAUGUUGAAGUUUAGGUUUAAAUUCUAAGGAGAACAUGCUUAGCAAAUGCCAGAAGUAGGUCAAGUUUUAUCACAUAGUCAAAGUUCAAAAUCUUUUAAAAAUUAACUAAACCAAGUUAAUAUUUUUGGAAAGUACUAGGUUAAUAAAAUCUUAAACACAGCUAAUUGCUUCCAGAACCAAAACUGUGCCUUUGUGCAACAUUCAUCAGUGAAUUUUUCCAACCCCCAUGAACUCAAAACCUCAAAAUGCUCUUCCUUUUUUAGCAUCUUUCGUCUCACUCAGAAUUCACUGAUUCUGUGGCUGCUGCGUGACACCAUUGAUCGCCCUCUUUCCCCUCUUCCUAGAUUCCUCUAAUCGAACCCACCAAAAAGUUUCCCUCUAAAAUCCUGGAAAAGAUUGGCUUUUUUGAACUCAAAAAACUGUUCAAAUUUCAUACUUUGCGAGAUCACUGGUUCUUAUGCUCACCUUUGAGAAUUCCCUUUUGUAACCAUAAGAACUCCUGUGAAUUUAUGGUCUGCAUCUAGUUGGGGGCCAGUGAAGGACUGAAAGCGGAAGAAAGGGGGCAAAAAAAGAGGAUUAGUGAAGAAUAAUGGCGAUGCCGAAGAACAGAGGAGAGAAAGAGGAAAUGGAGAGCAGGCCGCUGGUGUCUACUUCUGUAAGAGAUUCAUCGCUAAGUCUAUUUAGGAUGCUUUCAAUUUUGAUCGUUUUUGUUGUCGGGGUGGUCAUUGGACUGGCCUCAAGUUCCCACAUUGGUAGGUAUUUUACCGCAGAUCAAUUCUUUCCCAGUAGGGCUGUAGUGUCUAGUAGUGAUACAAAUUGCACAAUUGUGGUGAAUAAUUGUGAAAAAGAGGACUGUUUGAGCCUGAAAAGCUUCAUCAGUCCGAAGAAUUUGACUCAUGGUCUGUCAGAUGAGGAACUGUUUUGGAGGGCUUCUUUGGUGCCCCAGAAAGUUGAGUAUCCAUUUGAUAGAGUUCCUAAGGUUGCAUUCAUGUUCAUGACUAGAGGGCCAUUGCCCCUCUUGCCUCUUUGGGAAAGGUUUUUUCAAGGACAAGAUGUGAAUAAAUACUCGAUUUACGUGCACGCCUUGCCGGGGUAUGUGCUCAACGUGACCAGUUCAUCUGUUUUCUACGGACGACAGAUUCCGAGCAAGAAUGUUGAGUGGGGAUCAGUUUCCCUUGUUGAUGCAGAAAAACGGUUGUUAGCGAAUGCUCUGCUUGACUUCUCCAAUGAACGUUUUGUUCUUCUCUCUGAAAGCUGCAUCCCUGUUUACAAUUUUCCGACCGUCUACAAGUAUCUCACACGAUCUGUACACAGUUUUGUUGAGUCUUAUGAUGAUCCUUCUCGUUAUGGUCGGGGUCGUUACAGCCGGCGAAUGCGACCAGACAUCAAACUUGGAGAUUGGAGGAAAGGGUCCCAGUGGUUCGAACUUAACCGUCAGUUGGCUGCUGUUAUAGUUGCAGACACAAAAUACUACACAAUCUUCAAGAAAUAUUGCAGGCCUGCUUGCUAUCCAGAUGAGCACUACCUUCCUACUUUUAUUCACAUGUUUUAUGGUUCUAUGAAUGCGAACCGAACAGUGACUUAUGUUGAUUGGUCUGUCAUUGCGCCACAUCCGGGGACAUUCUCUGCCGAAAAUGUGACAGAAAGCUUUCUUCAAUCACUAAGGAAAAAUGCCACAGCUUGCUCCUACAAUUUAAAAAGUAUGACAAAUGUUUGUUACCUCUUUGCGAGAAAGUUUACCCCGAAUACUUUGGAGCCUUUAUUGAACCUGAGUUCCAAAGUGAUGCAAUUUUGAGAGUAUUGAUUUUUUGUGAGAUAAUAGAGAGUUUUAUUUUCCACUCUCUUCUUUGCCUUUUUGAAUGUAGAACUUUUUUGUAGGUUUUGCUCGCUUAGGCUUCUAGUUUGGUCUCAAUUUUUUCAUUUAACUUAGGUAGCAGAAUGUAUAGACAUUGCAAGUUAUAGAUAAAAAUCCUCCAUCAGUAAGAGAGGUAUUUUUGUUCUGGAGUAUAGAUCUACUGGUAUCAUGAUUGAUUUGGUAUAGCAUGAACUUUGAUGGCAUAGAUCUCCUGAAACUCCAGGGCCUCAUCAAGAACUGAACAAUGCCUAUUUAUUUCAACUCCAUGACCAACAAUGUAAGGAAAGCAAGAAAAUCUAAAUGCAUACUGUUAAGAGGGA